AUGAACGAACGAUAUGGAUCGGCGAAGGUAACGCUCUUCUCUCCUCAGAGGUAUCGGGAUCAUGAACGCUGUGCUCGUGUCCGUGAGCUUCAUCUCCAGCCAGGCCGGGUUCAAGACAAGGUCGGCACCGUCUUCCAACGUCUCGAAAACCCUCCUACCGUGAAGCAGCCAAGCAUGUGGAGGCGGUUUUAUCAGACAUCCCGCCGUCGCCCGAAACCGGCCACAGGUUGGGAACAAGCUCGGGGCAUGGUACAAGAAUUGAUUGAGUUCAUGCACUCGCUGAAGAACGUUGAACGGCUCUAUAUACGGUGCAACGUCCAGCAAGAAAUCGCAGGCUUUAAUACAGACUCCUUCGACGCGUUCGAAAGCUCGAUGCCUCUCAUCCUUGCAGGCUGGACGGCCUAUGGGUUAACCCUACGCUCUCUGACGUUGGACUUCCCGCUCGAGGCGAUGUCGUCUGUUCUGUUGAACGGGCAGCAUUUUCUCCCUAGCUUGGAAGCUCUUAAAGUUAUUGUGAACUUCCCUGACGAAGACAACGUGGCCCAAUUCGUCCUGACUUCUUUCAUCGACCGCCAUUCGACCGCACUACAGUUUCUCACCAUCACUAUGGCAGAAGACAUCCGCCUGCCCAGUUUCCUUUCUUAA